AUGAUGUUGUUCAAGCUUCGCAGCCACGGCUCAAACAAGGCGUCUGAUAACAAGGAUUCGUUAUAUCGUCGAAAACCUGCAAGGACGAAUUCUCCUCUUCAACGUCCAAUUUUUUCUUUGUCAGCCGCCUCCACUCCCGUUUCUCGGAUUCCACAUAUCGCUCCCAAAUCUCUUGUGCCGAGGAAAUUGGGCACGCUCACGACUACCGUCCGCCCGCCUCAUGCGUUAGCCAAUAUCCUAAUAUCAAAUCUCGAUGCCCAGAAUUCGACUUUGAAGAGAGAGAACAAGCACCUCAAAGACUGUAACCGACGCCUUGUCUAUCACGUUGAUACCUUGGACAGCAGUCUAUCACGUACCUCUCGGGAACUCGAGGUACAGAGAAAGACCAGCUCGAAUCAAGCCCAAGCCUUGAAAAAUGCCAAGAACAAACUUGUCAAGCUCGAGGAAGCAGUCAACGUGAAUAUCAUUGGUACGGAGCAUUAUGAGACUAACGUUAAAGAGCAAAAGGUCUUCAAUCCUAUGAUGGUCGGCAGUACGUCAAUGGAACAAAUCUACGAUUUCAGUUUGUUGGUCCCGGCAGCUCAGUCCACACCAGAAGCUCAGUCACGUACACUCAUGUCCUCUUCUGCGGAUUCUUUCGAGUCCAUAGAUGAGAUGAUAUCCAACAUGCGAUGGACGAAUAUUAGGAACUACCAGUCAUGGAAAUCGAAGCUCAACGCUCUUGGUAUCCACUCAUCCCAGUCACUGGAGCAAGCUUCAGAAUUAGGCAUUGUGUCCACAGGAAAUACAGAAAUUGCUCCUCAAGUUCAAGCAUCAGGUGAUCAGGACGGUCACACCAGCCGGAAGGACUUGGUCACGGAUAGUUUACCACAUGAACCACAGCUCCUCAGCACGACCGCACAACCGAACCUUCGUGGAAGUGACGCCCACAGUCCAAAACCGCUUUCCUUGGGAUCCAUUCCUUCUGACCGCAACUUCUUGGAUAAACAAUUCAUCGGCGGGUGGCUCCCACAACCUGAACGUGAAGACUUGUGCUCUAUUCUAAGGCCCAUAAGUCCGUGCACUAACGCAAGUUCUUCGAUCGACGGUGGUGUUGGCCAAGCCAAUAUUGGACACGCUACGAUGCACUCGGGAAAUGUCAAUUUCCAUAGCAGCAUUUUGGGCCUAAAUGCGGAGGAGAAUGGGACUUCUGACAGUCUCAUCAUCAAAUCGGGCAACAGUGCCGGCGUCUUGACGACAUCCUCGACCUCAACAUCGCCACUCAAAGGAAGAAGCGUCGCACAUAUGCCGUUAUCUACCAAGACCAACAUCACCUCCCAUUCUUCAAACUCGUUUCAGCUCGCAUCUUAUCAUAUUGUUUCUCGUCGAAGUGAUCCCGAUAAGGUUACUCAGCAUCGAAAGACCAGUGAUUUGAGCGUAUACGCAGGCCCACCGAAGAGUCACAUGACUAACACUACUAGGCAGCUAUACUUCCAGUCGCCGACGAUCAUCAUGGUUCUUGCAUCACACGCCAAGUUUAGCUUCAUCGGUGUCGGUGAUCAAGGGUAUGGAGGAAAGGCUCAUGUCUCCUUAAACUCAGAUCAGAUGAUAGACCACAUGAACAUAGGUCUGCGAUGCUGUCUGGCGCCAGGAAGAAAGUUCUUUCUGAUAGUUGCCUGGCACAUGACAAUGGCGCAAAGCACCGCGAUAGGUAGCGAGCCCAGUUACCAGCCUCUACUAAAGCCGCCAGAUUACAUUCUGUCUGACGACAGUCGCUCGUUACUCAAAACCUCGUCAAGAGACGACGAUAGCCCCUUAUCAAAAUAUCCUGGAGUGGUUUCGACUCAGGUUGAGACCCACCGUCGGAAAGCUCUUUCGCGCAUCCAGAUUACCUGCUUCAUCCUGCAUGGCUUCUUGAUCAUAGUCCAUAUCGCUCUCUUGGUAAUACAUGUGCUACGUAUAGGAUACCUUAUCAGAGUUAGAUUGGGUCUGGUGACAGACGUCGUGGAGGGGGUGGUGUACUCUGCAGCAUUGGUAUAUGUCACGCAUCGUCUAGCUGUCGAUCGUCAUAUAACUUCAUGCCAGGCACUUACAACGACACAUGACUGCGGUGCCAGUUGGAAUGGACUGGGCGCGGCCUUUUUCAGCGUCUGCCGGCAGAGACUCAAACAUUCACCUGGAUCUGUAUCCAAAACCCUCUACGUCCUCGUUUAUCUCGCUGGUAUAUCCAUCCUUCACGUCACGUGCACAAGGAUCGUGACGCUGCAAGUUGACCAGGAGCCGGCAUGGCGAUCUGGUCGAACAAUCUCUGCUAUUCCACCUUUGACCAAGGAACUGGUUGAAAAUUACCCGUGGGGUGAAUCCUCAUUGAUAUUACCUUUCAUGGGUCGAUUGCUUGGAUUGACAAACUACGGAUGGGUCGGCAGCACACUGUAUGACCUACCGUUAGACCAAGCAGCACUGGAAGCCAUCGUCCCAGCAAAAGAAUUCAAUUGGCUAUCCCUGCUAAUAAUAUAUCCAUCACUGGACUAUCUGGACAGUCUACAUUGCAGGACGCAACAUUGUUUUUUACACUGUGCCCUGCAUUCCUGAUUCCAGUGAAAAAGUCCCUCUGGGGUCAUGUGGAACUCUGCCCUUAGAUGAGCGGUCGGAAAAUGAUAACUCACAGAAUAACGCCACGUUUGAUGUUUAUUGGUUGUACGCUGUCAUAUAAUACAAUAAACAUCACCCUCUAUACAGGCUACGAUAAUGGUUGGUCGCCCCAAGCACCACCUCCGCCUCAGACCACACAGACCUGGGCCAAGUGGGACGUGAAUGUAAGCGCCUCGUAUGAUCCCGUUGUCGAUUGGUGGAGUUUGGCGUUCGGCUCAUCUCCAAAAACUCUGGGCAAUGAGAUAAGCGCUGACACGACGGAGCGGCGCUAUUUGUCGAUGGCUGAGCAGUAUUUGGGAGAACAGCUCGGUUUUAAUCAGGAUACGGCCUCCGCGAGUGAUGAUGGGAUUUUGAUGGUAGCAAAUAGAACCUUGGGGCAGCUAGAACUAGUGUUAGCGAAUAUGUCAGCUUCCAUGUUUUGGGUUGCUGCACGCUAUCAACCCGAGGACUCUCAGAGUAUAUACUCCACCAACUGUCUUGACGACCCGGGCUCUGGUUGCUACCAAGACGAAUGUCUAAUCUUGGGGCCACCGACCUGGGCCGUAUUUAAAGGACUUUCACUUCUCGAUCACAACGGAGAACAGCCCUUCCUGACUGACGAUAAUCCUCGCAGCUGUGUUGCGCGCUCGCCAUCUCUAUCGUCCUUUGCAUACUUGCAAAAGCACUGGCCUGGCCGACGGAUAAAGAAAGAUCACGCGCUUCGAAUAGACGAUCUAGGCGUACUCGCUCUCUUGCGGCUCUUCUCGAAACGCCCUGAUCUCAAAGAGCGUAUGGAGGUCAUUGACGAACCUACGACAGCCGACUUGCGAGCUGUGGGCGUGACGACCGUCGUUUGUUUAGCUGACCUUGAUCAUGGCGUUAUCAGUUAAUAUGGGACAUCAUCCGUGGGGGUGUGCGUUUUGCACAAGCCUCCUUUUUCUUCUUCUUUUUCUUGGAACAUCAUCCAUGGUGGAUUGCGCUUCGCACGAGCCUCUCUUUCUUCUUUUUCGUGGAACGGUGUUGUUCAUCUGGCGACUCUUGUCUACACAAUCAGAUAUUGUGCAUUCUCAUUCUCGUCAUUUCUAUAUCAAUAUAUAUUUAUUUACCCUUCUUGGGGGACAGAAAUAUAGCGCCGAUGGACGAUUCGAGUCAAUGACCC